AUGAAGAUGGUCUUGGCGCUGCUUCUGCUGAGCACCCUCCUGGGUACCCUGGCGGUGCCUUCCCGGCGUCCCUCUUGUUACAAGAGGGCCCUGAAAGACCACAGCUGUCACAACAUCCCUGAAGGCAUGGAGAAUCUUCGACAAAUUGAUGAUGGUCUGCAAGAUCACUUUUGGGAAGGGAAGGGCUGUGAGGUGAUUUGCUACUGCAACUUGAAUGAAUUGCUCUGCUGCCCAAAGGGUAUUUUCUUUGGACCAAAGAUAUCUUUUGUGAUCCCCUGCAACAGUCGGUGAUGGACAUCAAGUCUGCCAGUGAAGACAACAGACAUCGUUCUACAAUCACAUGGUAUAUGCUUUCCAAGAGGAAAAACAAACCCACCACCACCAACAAAAACUUCCUUUCUAAUCACAGGACCACACCUCUUUUCACACCGUAAAAAGUUUCCUUUCUAUACCUUUUUGGAAUCUCAAAUACUUAAGAAAUUCUACUUUCAAAUUUAGUAGCUGACUAUUUCCAUCAUGGUGUAGACUACUGUACAAGCUCUUAAUGCAUCCUAAUAUGCAUCCCCCAGCAAAAAGCCUAACUGUCACUCAGCACAACAUUCUCAGCUAGUCUGGAUGAAGAAACUCCAAGCCUAAGCCUUCACGUCGUAGCAACCUAGAGCAGUGCUGCUUCCUAUCACGUUACUGCCAUCAUACAGCUAAUGUUUUAAGCUGAAGCUGCUUGUCCCUGGCACUUCUGCAGACAGAAGUGCCAGGGACAAGCUCUCAUGUUCUAUUGAGGUAUCUUAAAAAACAUGCACAUAAAAAAGACAGACUUUCACUAUUUGCAUUUGAAAAUUCCACUGGGAAAAAAAAAUAGGUAAAACUCACAUUAAUAAUACUAAGGCACACUGUGGUCUUAAUUAUGUCUGACUGGUGACCUGCAUUAACUAUGCAAUCUGUAAAACCUGAAAUUGCUUAAUCUUAACCUUGAACAUUUAAAAUACUACAACAGUUACAAUAGGAUUUUUUUUUCAUUCAUUCAAAAAGACAUCUAAAGAGGAUGGGACUGAUGCAAGGUCUGUUAAAGCAACGUAAAAAUCCACACUUAAGCAGCUUUUUUUUAAUCAAGCCUUGUUUGAAAUACAGUACCCCAUAAUUAAGUUAAAAUGCUGGCUUUUUAUUUUUAGGCUAGCCCUGUAAGGAAAUAGCUAGGAAACUGAGGACAAAGAGGUAUCUCAAAACGUUAGAAGUAAUUGCCUUUAUGUUUAAGGGGUAUCUUAAUCCAGACUGUAGAUACAUGGUCACCUCAACACCUGCCAAUACCAAACACAGUGCAAGAGAAAAACAGCCAAAAAUUUAUGCCGUUAAGUUUAACAAAAGCCCUUGAACUUAAGGCUUAUUGUCUUACAUAUAAAAAAACCUCUGUAGCUGUCAAGUCAGCCACAUGUAAGUGUGUAGUACUGAUGUAACUAUUGAGCCUUUUCCACUCAGAAAGUAUACUGUUCAUCUAAUAAUCUAACACCGCUAUACCACAAAAACUGCUACCACCGGUUUACCAGUUUUAUUUCACAUUCAGUAUGAGGUAUCACAAUGACUGUUUUUCUUCCUCUGUUAGUAAACAAGCAUUGGUUACUUAUUAUACAUAGCUAAUAAUAAAUGUUUCAAGUAAAUCUGCAUGUACUUUUUUUGCCAAGUAAUUUUUUAGGCUACUGACUGUUAACACCAGGCUUUUUAAGCUUGGUUUAUAUAGUAAUUAUUCCUGAGUCAUUUGGGCUUUCUACCAAAUCAUCAAUUAUGGGUAAAAAAACACCCCAUAAAUCUGGCAACCCACAGUCAAAAGUAUCCAAAGACAGUGCUCUGCUAAGGAAACAUAUGGUAUCUGCUCUUGUGCAAAGCCCUCUGUAAGCUGCUAGCAAUAAUAAGGGCACGUAACUUCUGUUGCUUGUACCAUCUAGUUUCUACAUGAAUCAUGUUGCAUAUGCCUGGCAUUCACACUCUCCAAAGCAGCAGUAGCAAAAAAAUUUAAGGCAGAUGCAAAUCUGGGUAGUAAAGUUGGAAAAUGCUUUUCAGUUACUUUCCUUCCACAGCUCCUGGAAAAUCCAUAAUCCACUGGAGCAAAAAUUUCGCCACUUUCCACACGCAGAAGGACAGUGUCACAUAGGCUACUACUUUAAUAAUAGUUUCCCAUAAAAACUUGCUUUUGUUUCUCUGCCAGGCCUAGGUGAGAACAUUGGCCACGCACUCAGAGCAAGAGCCUUUAUCCUUCGGAUGCCCCAUCCCUGACCAGGUUCCCUGGCUGUUCACGCAACAAGUACUUUGAAACCAACAAGCUGAAUGUGUGCAAAGGGUAUUUAGCAAACCACAGUCACUGUAGUGAAAUCGGCACUAAAACACCUCUUUGGAGGAUUACCAAUUUUAGCUGCCACUAGCUAGAUAUCACUAACUGCCUUGAACUUAGGCCAACACCGCAUAAGUUUAUUGUGGAAAUACAUGACAAUGCAAGUGAAAAAUCAGGCCACCGAGAGCUACUGGGAAUGCAGCCAGUUUGAGGUUAGGGUUUAUC